AUGACAGACGCGCGAGAUGGCCCACUUGGGAUCAGAAAGCACCAGUGCGAAUACUGCCCCAAGUCUUUCAAGCGGAGAGAACAUUGGCAGAGACACUCUCGGAGCCACACUAACGAGAAGCCGUUUGAAUGCCGAUUCUGUCAAAAGUGCUUCGCACGCAGAGAUCUCGUCACCCGGCACGAAAAGACUUUGCACGCCAACGAUGGCUCUCCUACACGAUCUCCCACCGGUGUGCGAAGACCGAGCACGGCCAUUGCGAGUAACCAUCUUAGUCCCACCAGUGGAAAGUCUGGCAUGAACGAUGUGCUCUCGCCACAGACCAAUGAGCCCUGGGAUGGCAUCGAGUCCUUGGCGGCCACGGUAUCACCGACAUACCCAUCGACACAAGCCAUCGAGAACUUUGAACACUACGCAGCACCUUCUGCGAAUGGCUUCGAGGAGUUCUUGGAUCCAGCACUUCGAAUGCCGAGCGAUGGCGCAGAUGCUUGGGACUGGACCGUGACUCAGCCGUCGCAGAGUGCAAACGCCACCGUCAUGAGGCAGACAGCAGAGGAUCCGACAGCCUCCAGCUCUGGUGAAGCAGCGAUGAGCAAUAACGAUCAAGAAUCUGCCGCCGUUGUCCCAGAGUCUGUGGUCAAGGACCUCCUCAACCACACUCCCGGUCCCUCUCUCAUCGAUAACACAAACCCUCCCAGCACACACCUGGUCCGCGUAUGCUUAGCAGCCUACUUCGAAUCCUUCAACGUCCACUUGCCCUUGAUCCAUCAGCCGACUUUUCAAUACACUGAUGAACCACCUCAGCUACUGCUAGCAAUGGCGGCAAUCGGUGCAUUGUAUCGUCUGGAGCGCAAGGUAGCCACAUAUCUGUACCUUGCAGCAGAAGCAAGUCUUCCCGAUGCCACCUUCGUAUCCGACCAGACAUGCGCCGAUCUGUUCUACGCCGGAGAUCUCGCCUCACCGGACGCAGCUGUCGACAACAUACAGACCAUCAAAUUAGCCGAUGCUAGGACCCUGCUCCUCCUGAUGCUGUUCGGUGCCUUUAGUGGCAAUCGCGAAGUGUCCGAAAAUGCCAUUGGGAGGCAGGGUAGACUGGCCAAUGCAUAUCACAGUAUAGCGCGCAACGUACAGCGUGAGAGCCAAUUGCCUGCUUCUUCGAUCGGCUGGUCAGGCUGGUUGCGGUUGGAAAGUCAUCGACGCUUACUUCACGGUAUCUGGGUCGCGUGCAAUUUGUCGACGGCCGUUUAUGGUAUCCGACCCGGCGUAUCGGUCCCCUUGCAUGGUGAUGUUCAGCUUUCGUGCCACGACACACUGUGGUGGGCGACCACGGCGGCUGAGUGGCAGGUAUCGGUUGGCGACGCGCAGCCAUCACCUACAAUCAAGGCGGCUGUCGAGGUGCUUUGCAGCGAUGACCAUGCCACCUUAGCCCAUCUGCCGACUAGCUCAACGUUUGCGGUCACGGUUUUGAUGCACGCUUUUUCAGUCCAUACAUGGCAUAGUGCCAAUAGCUUCGGCGGAUCAGGGUCUGAGAGCAUACUUCACGGCCUCUCAGCAUCCAGGCGACUACUACAAGAUGGUGCGCCACCUCUGACGGGGUCAAUCGAGCCAAGAUCAGACUUUCUGUUCAACGCAAGCGCGAUCUCUCGGAUUGCAUACAGCCGUUCAUGUUCAGCCCUGGCGACUACCGAUCGAUCAGCUAUGUUGCGAGGUGAUACUGCUGCCAGUACGGCUGCUAUGCGUGACUACAUCCAAGAGCCCAUACCUCGCACUCCUGCAACUCUCGCUGCCGUGGAGAACGUAUUCGAAACCUUUGUCUUCCAGGACCGAGGUGGCAUAUUGCUGAUCCGCAAGACGGCGGGUCUCGUGUGGAGUUUCGAACAUGUGAUUGCUGCUUGGGAUUCGGUCUUGUUGCUUACAAAGUGGCUGCACGAGAGCAGUACUGACACAGAGUCUGGCGAGCAAGCACUCCGAGACCACGUCGCUGCUACGCUUGAGCAUGAGGGCUGCAAUAUCGAGCCCGAGGGUUCGAUGGCGGCGGCAGUAGCACGCUUCUUCUCGUUGUUCUGUGAUGAGUGGGUCUGGGGAGUCACAGCCCGGAUGGGGACCGUACUGCGUUCUAUCGCUGAUCUCCUAGAGGAGACACACUCCAAGUCCAAAGAGCCCUAA